GUCGCCAAAGGAGGCUUCCGCGAGGCUCGGGGCUUCCGGAACCCUGCCGGGCGGAAGACCCAGGCUCAUCUUCCCACGCUGGCACCGGGGUGACGGCGGCGCCGGCGUGGUGGAGGCGGUGGCAGUGAGGGAGGGGCGACAGCGGACGUCGCCGAGGCCGGAGAUUCCAAGCCAACCCUGAACUCCGGUCCCGCGCUCAGGUGGAGAACAUUCUCUACCCACCAUUUGAGCAGACAGCCCAUCUGAGUGACAGCACAGAGCCCUGGCUGCCAGCCCACCCUACCCACCUGAGACAAGUACCUGGGAUCCCUUUAGGGAGCUGACCAGGCAACAGAUUCAGGCCUGUGGGCGCACCCUGCUGCAGCCAUGGCCCUGGUCAGCAUCAACGAGCUGCCGGAGAGCAUCCUGCUGGAGCUGUUCACGCACGUGCCAGCCCGCCAGCUGCUGCUGCGCUGCCGCCUGGUCUGCAGCCUCUGGCGGGACCUCAUUGACCUGGUGUCGCUCUGGAAGCGCAAGUGCCUGCGCGAGGGCUUCAUCACCGAGGACUGGGACCAGCCGGUGGCCGACUGGAAAAUGUUCUACUUCCUGUGCAGCCUGCGCCGGAACCUUCUGCGCAACCCGUGUGCGGAAGAGGAUUUGAGAUCGUGGCGAAUUGACUCCAAUGGGGGAGACCGCUGGAAGGUGGAAAGCCUCCCUGGAGACAAUGGGAAGAAUUUUCCUGAUCCCAAAGUCAAGAAGUACUUUGUCACAUCCUACGGCAUGUGCCUCAAGUCCCAGGUGGUGAACCUCAAGACUGAGGGCUACUGGGAGGAGCUAAUGGACACACUUCGGCCUGACAUCGUGGUCAAGGACUGGUUUGCAGCCAGAAGAGACUGUGGCUGCACCUACCACAUCCGGGUGCAGCUGACCUCAGCCGACUACAUUGUCUUGGCCUCCUUUGAACCCCCACCUGUGACAAUCCAACAGUGGAAUGAUGCUAUGUGGACAGAGGUCUCCCACACCUUCUCAGACUACCCUCCAGGCGUCCGCCACAUCCUCUUCCAGCACGGGGGCCAGGACACCCAUUUCUGGGCAGGCUGGUACGGGCCCCGGGUCACCAACAGCAGCGUCAUCAUCAGCCAUAAGAUGACCAGAAACCCGGCCCCCACUGCAGCUCAGCCAGAGGCAGGGCAAGGGCAGAAGGAAGCUGGCCAUCAGUCCUCCCCCUUUCAUCUCCACAGUCCCUUCUGACACUCCGUCCUCUGACAGCCACUCAUCCAUCCUCUCCCUGAUCAGCCAAAGGUCCCUCCAGGCAAGCGUUAAGCCUGGAGUGGGCAGUGAACUCCUUAAGGAUCCCAGGGAGUUCCUGCCCAGUAUCAACCUUGGGCAAACCCGCCAGCUCCUGGUCUCUUAACUGCUACAUAGCUCUGUUUUGUCACA